AUGGAGGAGGCUGAGGAAAUCCUCCUGCAGCUUCAGAAGGACAACAGAGAUGGACGGCUCCGGAAGCAGGAGCUGGAGGAACUGAUGAAGAUUCUGGAGACUGAGAGUGAGAACCUAUUUCUGACGCUGAAGAGCCUGAGGGAGCGAGAGCGCAGCCUUCAGCGGAGGCUGAACCAGGCCGCCGGAGCCCUCCGCGGGGAAGCCGAGGACGCGGUCAAGAGCCGGGCGGCCCAAACGCUGGCGCUCAUCGCGGACGCUGCGGAGCAGAAGCUCCUCCUGGAGAGGAACAAACAGUUACUCCAAGAAGAAUGGGAAGAACUUUCCAGCCAGCUCUUCUACUACGGCGGAGAGCAGCAGUGCCAGCGGAGGCAGCACCGGCGCCUGCAGGCUGAGCUGCUGGGCCUACAGAAACAGCUGGAGAUCAUGGAGUCGAGAUGUGCCCUGCAGGCGGAGGAGAUCCAGAAGGGCGUCACGCAGAAGGAAGAGGCUUGGGCCAGCUUCCAGGAGCAGAGCGGGGUUCUCCAGGAGCUCCAGACUAAAGUGAUGGAAGUGGCCUCCGUCCUGGACACGCCUCGAGAAGAGCAGGAUCUGAUCCUGGGGCAGGUUUCCCCCAUGGCUGAAACCCCAGGCUCCCUCAUGGAGGAGGUGGCUGAAGCCAACUGCGAAAACAGGCGGCACAGCCCUGGGCAUCUCUCCAGCCUCAGGCUCCUGGCCAUCACAGCGCUUCCGUUGCUGCUGCUUUUCUGGUUCCUGAGCCUGCCCCUGUUCUAUCUUAACCUGAUCAACCCCAAUGCCAUCAGAGAGGCCCUUCCUCGCCUGUGCUCUCGGGGCACCUUCCGCCGAUUGAGAUACACCCUCUCACCGCUGCUUGAACUCCAGACCAAUAACCUGCUGCCCACUUAG